GUGCGUUAGUAUUGCAUUGUGAAUGAAAUAGUGCGCACGUAUUCAACAUGUUGCGGAAAGUGUUCGUGGUGGGGGUCGGUAUGACGAAGUUUGCUAAGCCGGGCACCGUGGGCGACUAUCCUGACUUUGCGAAGCAAGCAGUAGAGGAGGCGCUAACGGACGCCGGUAUCGAGUAUAAUGUGAUACAGCAGGCGGUGUGCGCAUAUGCCGCUGGAGAUUCCACCAGCGGACAACGGGUGCUCUACCAGAUCGGAAUGACUGGCAUUCCCAUUUACAAUGUCAACAAUAAUUGCUCCACAGGUUCUAGUGGACUAUUUCUGGCUAAACAAUUGAUUGAAGGGGGAAUCAUAGAUGUUGCGCUAGUACUAGGCUUUGAGAAAAUGGCGUCGGGAGCGCUUAAAGGAUCUCGGUUUCCCGAUAGAGCUGCAGCUACUGGUGUGCAUCAAGCCACAAUGAGGGAAUUGACAGAGGUAACGCCUGGUCCCCUAACACCGCAAUAUUUUGGUAACGCCGGUAUAGAGCAUAUGAAGAAAUAUGGCACGACCGAGGUACAUUUUGCUAAAAUAGCAGCAAAAAAUCAUAGACACGGCGCAAAGAAUCCGAGAGCCCAGAGUACAAGGGCAUAUACAGUUGAAGAAGUAUUAAGUUCUAGAAAGAUUUACGGACCACUCACCAAGCUGCAAUGCUGCCCGACCAGUGAUGGAGCGGGGGCCGCCAUACUUAUGUCCGAAGAUGCAGUUAUCCGCAACGAGCUCCAACACAAAGCUGUCGAAAUAAUUGGCAUGGAAAUGGCGACGGAUACACCGAGUACUUUUCAAGAGAAGAGUUUUAUGAAACUGGCUGGUUACGACAUGACUCGUUUGGCUUCUUUACGCCUCUACGCAAAGACUGGCAUUACUCCGAAGCAAAUUGAUGUAGUCGAGCUCCACGACUGUUUUUCUUGCAACGAACUGAUCACUUAUGAAAGUUUGCAAUUAUGUGGAGAAGGGGAAGCUGGUAAAUUCAUCGACUCGGGAGCCAAUACUUAUGGUGGUCAGGUGGUCGUGAACCCGAGUGGAGGAUUAAUUGCAAAAGGGCAUCCGCUGGGAGCUACUGGUUUGGCGCAGUGUGCUGAGCUGUGUUGGCAGUUACGUGGGGAGGCUGGUGCUAGACAAGUGGAGGAUGCCCGCAUCGCGUUGCAGCAUAACCUGGGGCUGGGGGGGGCAGUCGUGGUGGCGUUAUAUAGGAAAGGCUUCCCCAACCAUACGAUGCUUUCGAAGCUCUAAAUGCCUCGAGUAUACGAGUAUUUUAGCAGAAAGAAAGAGAAUUUCGUGUAAUUGUUAGACAAUAUUAAAAUUAGUUGUCGACCUGAGUUUUGUUGGCACUCGGAUUGGUGGGUUUAACCCUGCUUCCAUUUUUUUAAUCGCACAAUAAUUAAGUAUUAAAAUAUUUCUUUUUAUAUUUUAGUAUAUUUGUGUAAUGAUUUACAUGUAUACGUAAAAAUUAAUUAACCAUUUCUCAUAUUUUUAUAGUCAUUAGAACUAAAAGUUAAAUAAAGAAUAUUAAUAAAUAA